AUGACUACAGAAACAAUUGCAGACAUCCUGUCUUUACAAAACAUUCGCACCAAGGCUCAGAGAGUUUUGGCCAUUGCCGAGAAAAAUCGGCUGCAUGCUUUUGAGUACGAUCCUAGCAAGCUUGACGCGGUAGCAGAUUUUGUGGUAUGGGUGGUUCAAAAAGAUUUCAAGGGUAAAUACGACACAAUUCCCCCUCAUGGAAGAUGGCAACACUUUGAGGUUGGAAACAUUCCACGUCUCACUCGACUGAUACAUACUUGGACCGAUCAAGGUGUAUCUUCUCUUGAAGUCUGCAAGCGUGUUUUGGACAUAACGUUUCUUAGUGUUUUGCUCGAUGCUGGUGCCGGGGAUACAUGGUCGUAUUUGGAUGGCGUUGAACGCUAUGCCCGUAGUGAAGGGUUAGCGGUCGCCAGUCUUCGUUGCUUUGAGAAAGGUUUGUUCUCUCAUGAUCCCGAAAACCCAUACCAGGUAGACGGUUUAGCUUUAAGCCAACUGAAAACGGAAGCAUUGGCUGAGGGCUUUCAAGUUUCCAAACAAAACCCAAUUGCUGGUAUAGAGGGAAGAGCAUCCAUUCUUCGUGCUUUGGGAAACCAAUUGCAGAGCUCUCGUCCUAGUUUUUUUGUUGAUUCUAUUUUUCCAACGGGAAACUUUGCUUCGGAGUACCUCGAUGUUGAAACGCUGUGGUCGGAAUUACAAACAGUAUUGAUCCCCAUUUGGCCUGAGCGUACAAAAUAUGAGGGAAAGAAUAUCGGAGAUGCUUGGUAUUUAUCAACCAUUGACUCUAUGCAGCCUUUCCAUAAAUUAACGCAAUGGCUCACUUACUCUCUCUUGGUUCCUUUGAAGCGAUUGCUGCACGUACAAGUGGUCAACGAAACACUUUUGACCGGAUUACCCGAAUACAGAAAUGGAGGGCUUUUUGUAGACCUUGGCGUACUCAAGCUUCGUCCCGAAUAUCCCACUACCGAAGAAUACGAGCCGGACAGCGUUGUUAUCGUCGAGUGGAGAGCCAUGACCAUUGUCUUGCUUGAUAAGCUACUAAGCUUGGUAAACGAGCGCCUGCGAGAGGAGUUAAAGACCCCAUUGUCCUUGGCACAAAUGUUGGAAGCUGGAAGUUGGAAAUCCGGAAGAAUUAUUGCUCGCAAGUUACGACCCACCAGUGCCGGCAGUCCUAUUCUCAUCAAAAGUGAUGGUACAUUGUUUUAG